AUGGACACUUUACUGACAAUAUCAAUCUUGGUGUCGCUUAUAUAUGGAGAAUAUCUGCUACAAACGUGCCCUAAUUGUAGAAAUGAAGAAUGUGAUACAAAUGGUCAGUGUCUGAAUGGAUGCGAAGGUUCCAGAUGGGGAAAUUACUGCCAGUUAUCCUGUGGAAGUUAUUGUGGCGCAUGCAAUCAAACUUCCGGUGUAUGUUUCGGUUGUUCGACAGGUUAUUGGGGUUCUAAUUGUUUAAAACAUUGUCCUGAUGUUUGUCCAUCCAAAAGAUGUUCCCAGUCUAAUGGAUCCUGUCUUUAUUGUUACAGAGGUCGAUGGGGAAAAAGCUGCGAAAACAUAUGUUCCGAAUUUUGUCACCACUUGUCCUGUGAGUAUCAUACAGGCAGGUGUUUAAAUGGGUGUGAGCGAGGACGCUACGGAGAUACCUGUCACCUUUGGUGUAAUCCAGGUUGCUCUGGUGAUUUGUGUCUGCAAAAUGGAUCAUGCGUCAGCGGCUGCAAAGAACAAUUUUAUGGCCAUAAUUGUGAAAAAAGAUGCAGUUCAAAUUGUCUGCCGCCAUAUUGCAAUAAACAUACUGGUAUAUGUUCUGCCUGCCGAACUGGAUUUUAUGGUCAAUUUUGCACAAACAUUUGCAGCCGUAAUUGUGUUAACAAAACCUGCAGUUUAAAAGAGGGCUUUUGUACUCACGGUUGUGAGAAUGAGUGGACAGGAAAUCAAUGUGACGUGACCAGUGAAGUUGUCCCAUCCACGAUUAACGCUGCUUUAGUAAUAAGCAUCUGUCUUGGAUUAUUGUUGACGAUUUUCAUCCUGAUACUCAUUAUUAAAAGAUAUCAAAGGAAAUGUUUGCCAAGAUUCUGUUGCCCAACAACUGCGUCAAAUCCUUACACACAAGACGUUUGUGAAACCUGUCGUGACAAGAACAUAUCUACAAUUUCUAACGCUGAAGGUCCAGAUAGACCACAGAGCUUUGCUUCCAGCAGCAGCAGCUACGCCAACGCAUCACCUGUAGGCUAUAAUGUAUCAUAUCAGACGGAGGACGAUCAGAAUUAUGAUACGUUGACCGAAGGACCGUAGCAAAACAUAACUGACAAAAUUCUUCUUAGUUGAGGCAGUGAUUAUGAAAUAUAUAAUGCCUUUCAGAAUGAAAGUGAUUAAUAUGUCGAUAGGUUCUUUACAAUGAGUACUUUUGAACAUGCAUAUGAUCACAUUUAUAAUAAAUAACACGUAUCCUACCAAUC